CUCAAUUAUUUGGGCAGUAUUUAUCACAAUGCUAUGAUGGAACGGACCAACGGGUACGUCGGAAGUUGGAUCGACCGAACUGUUUUCUGGUUACGGUGGCCGCGUCAGGUUGGUACGACCACUCAGACAACGAAGGUACAGGCCACCACGGAUCAAGGAUGAGAUGAUUGGUUGGACCAAUGCAAGGAUGAGAUGAUUGGUUGGACCAGCAUUGGUAAAGCUUACGACAAUACGGUACUAUUAUCUUAGACACGGUCACUGAACUGGCACUGGUCUGGUACAAUUGUUGGUUUGACACGGCUACAGUUCUCUGCAGUUUGAAACGAUUAUCCUUGGUGCAGUUUCUAGUUUGCCCUUGGUAUAGCAAUGGUACAGGCCGCUGCAGUUCGAUGUUAAUGCUCCGUACGACUACUGGAACAGCGACAAAACAAGUUACUACGGUUUGCUGUGUCUGUUGGAUCAGAACUGGAAUGGUUCUCUGCCGCCUGAUACUGUUAUUCCUCGGUACGGUGUGGGGUGUGGGGUUGAUGCACUUGACAAUGACUGAGGGGCCUCGGUACCUGCGGAACUGUUGUUGCGAGUGGAAGGCGAUGAAGAGCGAAUGAGCAUUUCGGUCAGGGCAUGAAGAUCCCUGUUCGCGAGUACGAGCGACAAAGCGAUGACAAGGCAGUGGGGAAUAGUCGAUGAGCUAUGGAGGAGAUUCGGACAUAGCAGAAAGGGGGGAAGCGCGCACGGCGUACACAUCGACUGCACACUUGGGCCUGGUGAGAAACAGGUACUGACCGUCUGCGCAUCGAGAUGGGAAGGAAGAAAGGUGGAUCCCUCGCGAAGGCUAUGCAGGGAACACUUGCAGGCUUAUGACAGGUGUUGGGAUGGGGAAUGACUCCCCUUCAACGUUCAUAGAGUAAGGAGAGCUCGACUGUUGUCAACCUUCGCUCCCAUCCGUUUGAGCUUGUGGGAUCCGCAGUGCAGCAACAAGCCUUCUAAAGAGCUACCGACCAGUGGAGACCGCCGAUGUCAGUCAGAGAACUGGUCUGCUCCCGAGACAGGAAAGGUGUGUGGCCUCCGCGAGCGUGAGCUGGAGCGAGGAAUAAUGAUGAUGAGUAAGAGGCAACCUUGACUAGAAGAGGUAAAUGAGAGAAGGAAAGAAGCACCAGAGCUCGUUUCAUUUCUUUCUAGUACUGAUCGUACCCAGCUUGGCUCGCGCCCUAACGCACUCGAGUUUAGAGCAGCGAACUGGGCAGCAGAACGGGCAUGACUAACGGGCAGAGGGCGCGUUAACGAGCGUAUGUGGCGCGUGAGAACAGAGGAGAGAAAGUGGGUGGAUAAGUGUUGAGCAAGAGAUACUGCCCCAGCAAUCGUGGGGGGGCUUACGAGCGUGACUGAUCAUACCAUCAUAGGAAAGGCGUGUCAAGCGUUCUCAGCCGGCGCUGGAGAUCGCUGAGAAUUAGCCGUUCGGGUGGCAGUCACCAGGGAAGCUGUAGCAGAAUGCGCAGUGAGGGAGCGUGUGGAUCGUUUGAGCAAGUGUGUGGCUGCCCAGGAUGACGUUCUGGGUAGAGCACGUGCCUUACAGGUGCACCCCCACCCUUCGAGUUCAGAUAGUGAGCAAAGAGGGAAAACACAAACAAGUACCCCUUCAGAAUCGCUUGACAACAACCAUAAUGAAUGGAUGGAAUAUGUUGGACCUGUAGUGGACGGUGAUGACGGCGUGCAUGGGGAAAGAAAGGUGAGAUCAGAAGCGAAUCUUGGGGACGCGCUUCCCUAUAUGAGUGUAAAAAACCGAGAGAAUCUCCAGUGGGUUCGAGCUGUUAAAGAAAACGAGUGUGAGGGGGAACUGGGCGGUUGCUUCCCUGAAAAGGGGAGAGAGGGGUAGUGAUUGUAGAGCAAACUCCCCAGCUAGGUCACUUCGCCAAUUGGAGUUCUUCAAGAGUAGGCUGAGAUCGAAUUUGAGGAGAGAGGGGAAACUUACUCAGGCAAAAGACUGAGAAUCUCAGGCAAAAUGCGAGUGGUGUUGUGCUUCAAAAUGGGGGACCGCGCAUGAUCAAGUGGGUAUGGGAGUGCGGACAAGGGUGUAUGAGGGGAACACUCAUAUUUUGUGAUUUGAAAUUGUGCUCCCGGCCUGCAACAACGGUCAGGUGUAUGUGGAUUAUAAUCAGGAGGUCGAUUGCCUUGUGAUCUCCCGCCGUUCACUGACAAGACAAAUGCUUUCUGCUCGUCGGCAUAUUACAUUCUGACUGUUUAUUGGCUGACCGAGUAUUGGUUGAUCCGAGGCUAAUCAAAUGCCCACUGUAAACCUGCAGAUUGAAAGUAGAAUAUUCAUUGGCUGACCAAGCAUUGAUUAUUCCUUGGUAAAUCAAAUUCACAUUGGAAAUCGGCUGAUCACGUGUUGAGUGCUCCCUCGCUAAUCAAGUAAUGAAUGAUCAUCAGUAACCAAAUACUCGCCUCUUAUUGACGAACCAGAUGUUUAAUGAGCAUGGGCAGCCGAGGCGAUGGCUGCUUGAAGACGGAUCAGGUAUAAGCACUCUCCGAUGAGACCAACUUCGUCCUGCUCACAAGCAACCUAACGCCGAACCGGAUUUGCAGCGCGAGAACAGAUACGAGCCUUUCAUCGCCAACCUGCCAGUACAAGGCUUUCUUUGUAGGUGACUCGUUCGGUGAAUCUCAUGUGAGUUGGCAGGAACAGAGGCAUCAGAUACCAAUCUAAGGUUGUUGACGGACUAUGAAUCUUUUAUUUUUUUUUCCUCUUGACAGAUGUUAACAGAUUGCAAAUCCUUUAGUAUUAGUCAUAUGAAUACUGGCAGAAUGUGAAUCUUGUUAUUUCUAUUGAGUAUUCAUGACCACCAUUAUUGAACUCAUUACUGUUCGUCUGACAAACGAGUGAGAGGUUUUCCCUGGAGAAUGAAGUCUGCAGGGAUCGUGUUGCCAGGGAUACCCCUGGGUGAUAGAUUCUCAUCUGGUCAUUCCAUCUGUGAUAUUCGUCUCUCAUAAAAGUGACCCUUCGUUCAAGUGGUGGUUUGGUCACGUCUUCUGCUGGUCGCUGCCCUAAACCUGGCGCACCUCAGCUCACCUUAUCAUCAAUUGAUCCCCCCCUAUACCUACGCGUAGAAAAGGACGCGAUAGACCACUGUGCGGCGGUGGGUGGAUAACGAGGCACAAAAAAAAUUGGACAUGGCGUGGGCGGAGGCCAUGUGCAGGGAUGGCAUCACAUUCAAUUUCCUCAAUAUGGACAUGACGCAGGCAUUGCAUGCUGUGUACUUGGAGGUGGCGAGCGCGAGACCGAAGGUGAAGCUCCCUUCAUACACCCACAUGAGGACGGCCAUGUUGGAUGUGAUCUAUCUCAAGAUCCAAAAGGAGUUGGUGUCAUCGACUGCAUGAUGGGAUACGUCCGGAUGCGUCAACUGACCACAAGAAUCGGCUAGUGAUGAACUUCUUGGCAGCCAGGGAGCAGGAGGCGGUCCUUGUGGCACCGCUGACAAUGACGGCGAGGAAGAAGAAUGCACUGGUGUCGGCGAGGUUGUGGGAGCAUGUCAUGAGGGAGAUCGGCUUGAAAUGCAUCAACGGCAUCUGCACCGACAACGCAUUGGUGAACAAGAAGGCGGUAGAGAUCCUAGAGCUGCACAAGGACAAGGAGGUGGCCAGGAUUCCUUGGGUUCCUUGCGGGGCACACUGUUGCAGUCUCCUACUGAAGGACUUGACCAACCCGUCAUGGAUCAAGGGCACUGUGAAUACCUCAAACACUGGAAACCGGGACCAGCGUCUCUUUGCCCUGUCCUGCUGCUGGAAAACGGGUCCAGUGUCCCUUAACUUGGACCCGGUUAAGGUGAAGAGGUUCCCCCCCGGUCACAAACUCCCCACAAGGUCGCUGCUUUGAUGUAGCGCCGCAAGGCAUGUUCUGAUUUGCUUUCUCAGCUUAAAAAAUACAGCUAUGGGAUGGUAGGGGGAGGGAGGAACUAGAGUACAGCAGCAGGUAUUUGGCGCCGGUUCCUAGGUGAAGAGGUUCCCCCCCUCUGUACCUCCUGCUCAGUCAAUCCCCUGGAUGCCAGGGCAAUCAAUGCUGGCAGGAAGC